AUGACCAACUUCAGCCGCAGUGCUCAUCAAUGUCUAAACAAUACAGAUAACCAGAAUUUAACAGGUGUGUUAGAAUUCUAUCUAAUGAAAAUCUCAGAGGAUCCCAAUCUUUGGCCCAUUCUCUUUGUUCUCUUCCUCUCCAUGUACCUAGUCACUGUGCUUGGGAAUCUGCUUAUUAUCCUGGCUGUCAAUUUAGAGUCUCAACUCCACACCCCCAUGUACUUCUUCCUCUCCAACUUGUCUUUUACUGACAUCUGUUUCAUCUCCACCACUGUCCCAAAGAUGAUUGUGGACAACAUAACUCACAAGAGUGUCAUCUCCUUUGUGGGCUGCCUGACACAAAUGUCUUUGCUGAUUCUUUUUGGAUGUAUGGAUUAUAUGCUUCUGACUGUGAUGGCUUAUGACAGGUUUGUGGCCAUCUGUCAACCCCUACAAUAUUCAUUGAUUAUGAACUCUUGCUUUUGUGUCUUCUUAGUUUUCAUAUCUUUUUUAUUUAGCCUUAUGGACUCACAACUGCAUAAUCUAAUUUUCUUAAAGUUCACUUACUUCCAGGAUGUUACAAUUUCCAGCUUCUUCUGUGAACCUACUCAAAUUCUUAAACUGGAUUGUACUGAAAACUUUACCAAAAACAUCAUCACUUAUUUUGUUGGUGCUAUAUUUGGUUCUGUUCCCAUCUCAGUAAUAUUAUUUUCUUAUUAUAAAAUUAUUUUCUCCAUUCUCAGAAUCCCAUCAUCAAGUGGGAAGUAUAAAGCUUUCUCCACCUGUGGGUCUCACCUGUCAGUUGUUUGUUUAUUUUAUGGAACAAGCAUUGGGAUGUAUCUUGAAUCUAUUCUAGCACAUUCUCCCAGGAAGAGCAUGGUGUCUUCCAUAAUGUACACUAUUGUGACUCCUUUGCUGAAUCCUUUCAUCUAUAGCCUAAGGAAUAAGGACAUUAAAAAUGCCCUAAGAAGACUCUAUAGCAAAAAAUUCUAG